AAUUUGCAGGACAGAGUAAAAACGUAAAACUGUAAAGAAAACAGACACUCUCUUGCUCUCCCGCAAAGCCAAACCAAAGCAUCCUACAAUCUCCCACCUUGACAGCUCGCACAAUCCGGAUCCAUCUGUUUGUAACCCUUCUAUUUUCUACAUUCUUAGGUCUGUCGCCUUAGUGUUGCCUCUCGCCUUGAUAACACUGAUUGCAAGUUAGAUCAAGACUUUGCUCUUGGCUUCUAAUAAGAAAGGAGAUAUUAAGGUGGGCAAUUAUGCUAGUUGCUAGACUUUCAAGAGUUGGCAUUCAGACUGUUAAACAGGGUGCAAGAGAAUUUAUGAGAACACCUUAUAGUCAAUGUCGACAAUCUUGGUUUGAAUUACAUCCUGAGCGGAAAGCGUUCCAAGGUACCUUAUUUCAGAAGCAUUAUCUGUUUUCUACCACAACUUCUGGCAGUGAUGUAGGGGUUGGAAGCGAAGGAAAUGACAUGAUAUCUGUAACAUUUGUGGAUAAGGAUGGAGAGGAAAAGCACAUUAAAGUUCCAGUUGGAAUGUCUAUGUUGGAAGCUGCUCAUGAAAAUGAUAUAGAACUUGAAGGAGGAUGCGAAGGCUCACUUGCUUGUUCAACAUGUCAUGUGAUUGUCAUUGAUGUGGAACAUUACAACAAAUUAGAAGACCCAACUGAUGAGGAGAAUGGCAUGUUGGAUUUGGCCUUUGGCCUCACAGAAACUUCUAGAUUGGGUUGUCAGGUGAUUGCAAGGCCUGAACUUGAUGGAAUUCAUUUGGUUAUUCCUGCUGCCACGAGAAAUUUUGCCGUUGAUGGGUUUGUUCCAAAACCUCACUAGCCAUGGAGCAACACUGGAACGUGUACGCCGAGUGUAAAGGAUGCAAUCAUAUCUCAGUUUUGAAGCUCACAUAUUGUACUUAACCAACGAGCAUCUCCAGUCCUAACCUAAUUUAUUGAUUUUGUCAUUGAUUAUUGCAUGCCCGGUGGUUCCAAUUUGUGGUCAUGGGGUAGCUUAAACUGGAUGGAGUGCUGGUUCCCCCCGGUUCUGAUUUUAGAUAGAUUUCAGUUUGGUUCGAGUCUAAAUUGAGGCAAUCCAACUGGUGAAAUCAUUUUCCACUUUUUAAUUCACAUUUUGAGUACGGUUCAGUUCAGGACUAGGGGCCCGAAAACCAGCCCCAUAAGCGGUUCAAGACGGAUUGCGGAGCUGAAUAGUGAACCGUUUUCGAGAUUCUAAUAUUGGCUUUGACUGGAUCAGUUGCAAACCAAUGCCAGAUUCAAACUGGACUUCUGGACUUUGGCUGCGUCUGAUUUUACAGAGUGAUGUUACAGAGUAGCAUGUACAACGGUCGUGUGUUAAUCAUUGAUUGUGGUGGGAUUUAUAUGAGACUCACUAUGGUUAAUGGUAUAAUAUAAUAGUUGCAUAUACAAUAGUUGUAUUAUAAAAUUUCUCUUACACUUUACCUAUUAUUUCCUUUCAUGCAUAUUGUGUAGGACUGGAAUAUAAAUUACAGUGAAUCCAAUCAAAACCGAAAGGUUAACAAUCGGGGCAGACAAAAAUUUGUGGAUGCUA